UUUUACAGUGCUUAGUGCAGGGACCUGCGCGAAUGCUCGGUGAAAAUGGCUUCUCUGGAAGGAAGCAAUUUUAGUAAAGAAUCAUCUUCAGUGAUGGAGCAGUCAGAUAGUGAAGGCUUUCCGUUGACGGUUUUGACCAGUAGCAGAAGAUGUAAGGAUACGAAACUCAUGCUGUACCACUGGACCCAGUCCUUCAGUUCUCAAAAGGUUCGCUUGGCAAUUGCAGAGAAAGACUUAAAAUGUAAGGAGUAUGAUGUAAGCCUUCCUCUCAGUGAACAUAACGAGCCAUGGUUUAUGCGCCUGAAUCCAGCUGGUGAAGUGCCUGUUCUUGUCCACGAAAAUAACAUUGUAUGUGAAGCAAGCCAGAUCAUUGACUACCUUGAAGUGACUUUUAUGGAUGAAAAUACUCCAACGCUGAUGCCAGAGGAAGGAAGCAUGUACUACCUCAGGGUGCAACACUACAGAGAACUUCUUGAUUCUCUGCCUAUGGAUGCUUACACACAUGGCUGUAUAUUACAUCCAGAGCUAACUGUGGACUCCAUGAUACCUGCAUAUGCAAACACUAGAAUCCGCAGCCAAAUUGGGAAUACCGAAGUUGAGCUCAGGAAACUUGCUCAUGAAAACCCAGAGCUCCAUGAUGCCUAUUUAUCAAAACAGAAACGUCUUAAAUCUAAACUACUAGACCAUGAUAACAUAAAGUACCUAAAAAGAAUUCUUGAUGAGCUAGAGAAAGUUUUGGACCAAGUUGAAACAGAGCUGCAAAGACGAAAUGAAGAAACACCUGAAGAAGGAAACCAACCUUGGCUGUGCGGACAGUUUUUCAGCAUUGCAGAUGUGUCACUUGCAGUUACUUUGCAUCGUCUGAAGUUUAUUGGGCUGGCAAGAAGAUACUGGGGAAAUGGGAAACGACCAAAUAUUGAGAUGUACUAUGAACGUGUUCUUAAAAGAAAAACUUUUAGAAAAGUUUUAGGAAGCGUUAACAACAUCCUCAUUUCUGCUGUUCUGCCAACUGCAUUUCGUGUGGCUAAAAAGAGGGCACCAUCUUUUCUUGGUGUUUCAUUUUUAGUCAGUGUACUAGGUGGAAUAGGAUAUUUUGCUUUUGUAUAUCUUCGGAAGAGACUUAUAUCUGUUGGAUAGUUAAAAUCUUUGUGAUAUUAUGUUAGUUGCUUUUGUCAUAGCAACUGAAAAAUUAAUAAUGCUGUCACAAAAAUCACAUAUUUCAUUUUACUGUAUAUUGCACAUUUUACAUGCCACUUUUUAAUUUAAAAACAGAAUAAUCUUAUUUCCUGUUUAAAAUUAUGCCAUAUAUUGAAAAUAUACAGUGUAUUGAAGAGAGUACUUUAAAAAUAGUCAUAAAAGUUUGAGUAUAUAAAUCCAUGAAGUGUUAUAUUUUAUGAAUUAUUUCGUAUGAGUAAUAUUUUGCUGAUGUUGACAUGUCGUGAGCUGAAUGCAGUAUCUGUAUAAUGUGAUAUCGUGGUAUCACUAUAAGUUCUUUCCACAGUUCUAUGUAAAUGAUACAUAUGGGAAAUGUAAUGUUCCAUUUAGCCUUUCUUUAUAGCAAGCUUACCAUUC